CAAAUUAUCUUUUAACUGUCUUUCACUUUGUGUUCUUUUCUUUAUCCAUUUUUAGUAAUACCUUUUCCAACAUUCACAACUUCUUCCCCUUUCUUUCUUCCUUUGGUGGGGUUUCUCUCUUUUCUUUUCAUAGAUCUCUCUCUCUCUCUCAAACACUUUCUUUCUUUCUUGUGUCUUGUGUUUUCCAAUUUCCCUUUUUUAAUUUAUUUAUUAUUUAAUAAUAAUAUUCAUGAUUAUUUUAUUAUAGUAUAUUUUGUUCACACAUUCAUAUGCAUGUUCUCUCCAUGCUUGUCUGAUCUGGAUUGGAUCACAAGGAUCUUUGCUAUUUUCCCUUUUUGUUUUCUACUUCAAAGGUUAUACAUACUAGUGGGGUUUAUUCAAUAAUCCCUUGAUUUUUGGGUAUUAAUCAUUUCAUUGGACAAACCAAGGGAUAGGUACCUUUUUCAGUGCUGGUUGGAUUAUUCUGCAAGUUUGUGGUGACCCUAUUGGAUAAAGUUUUGAUUUUUAAUGCUAGUUUGUGAUUGUGAUUGUGUUUGUUAGUGUUGGUUGGUGUUGUGUUGUGUUCUGUUGCAUCCAUCCAUCCCUUGUGCUGUUUAGGUAUGGCAGGGAUUGAUGUUGCAAAGUUUGGUCAUAGUCCUGUUCAUAAGGCUGUGAUUUUGAAGGAUUAUGGUGAGCUUAAGAGGAUACUUGGGGGUUUACCUAAGCUGUGUAAUGUGGGUGAGAUUCGUACGGAAGCGGUUUCAAUUUUAGAGGAAGAGAAGGCUGAUGCAAUCUCUGCUGUGAUUGAUAGGCGUGAUGUGCCGAAUCGUGAUACUCCUCUUCACUUGGCUGUUAAAUUAGGGGAUGAAGCGGCUGCUGAAAUGCUUAUGGUUGUUGGUGCUGAUUGGAGUUUGCAGAAUGAACAAGGGUGGAGUGCUCUUCAAGAAGCUAUUUGCAGUCGAGAAGAGCGUAUUGCCAAGAUCAUAAUUAAGCAUUAUCAGCCUCUGGCUUGGGCGAAAUGGUGUAGAAGGUUGCCUCGUUUGGUAGCGACGAUGCGGAGGAUGAGAGACUUUUAUAUGGAGAUAAAUUUCAAUUUCGAGAGUUCUGUUAUACCUUUCAUUUCAAGGAUUGCACCUUCAGACACUUACAAGAUUUGGAAAAGGGGUGCGAAUCUAAGGGCUGACAUGACUUUGGCUGGUUUCGAUGGUUUUAGAAUUCAGAGAUCAGAUCAAAGUGUUCUUUUUCUUGGUGAUGGUUCAGAGGAUGGGAAAGUCCAGCCGGGAUCACUCUGCAUGAUCUCACACAAGGAAAAGGAGGUACUUAAUGCUCUAGACGAUGCUGCCUUUGCGGCAAAUGAUGAAGAAGUUCAGCAAGAAGUGGCUGCAAUGUCUAAAACAAAUAUAUUUAGGCCUGGUAUUGAUGUUACUCAAGCAGUUCUUUUGCCUCAGUUAACUUGGAGGCGCCAGGAGAAAACAGAAAUGGUAGGAUCUUGGAAAGCUAAGGUGUAUGAUAUGCACAAUGUUGUUGUAAGUAUAAAAUCUAGAGGAGUUCCUGGAGCUAUGACAGAUGAUGAGUUAUUCUCGUCCUGCAAUGGAAAUGAAACCGAGAGUGAAGAACUUAACGAUAUUUUGACCGAAGAUGAAAGAAGGCAAUUGGAGGAUGCACUUAAGCUGGAUUCGUCAGACCUGAACAAUGAUAGUGAUGAGGGGAUCAUUGCUCAUCGUCCAAGCUUUAGAGACAUUCCUAUUGAAGAUGCUAACGGUAGCAAUAGUGGAGAAAAUAAGCUGGAAAAGAAAGGAUGGUUUGGUGGAUGGAGAAAAAAAGAUUAUAAACAUGAAGCAUCGUCAAAGAAGAUUACGCCACCAAGAAGUUCUCUUUGCGUAGAAGAAAAGGUGAGCGAUUUAUUGGGAGAUUCUCCCUCAAGUUAUCAGAUUAAGCCAGGUAGACAUUCUGUUGAGGUCGUUGCGAGGGGUGAUGAGCAGCGGAGGAAAAAAGAUGCCAAAGCUUCUUCUGUAAAUUCUGAUAGCAGCAGAAGUCGUCAUAAGGAUGGAAGUCGUGAAAAUGAAUAUAAGAAAGGGUUGAGGCCUAUUCUUUGGCUUUCGCCAAACUUUCCAUUAAAAAUUGAAGAACUCUUGCCAUUGCUUGACAUUGUUGCAAACAAAGUUAAAGCAAUUCGUCGAUUAAGAGAAUUACUUACAACAAAACUUCCAAUGGGAACUUUUCCUGUUAAGGUUGCCAUUCCGGUGGUUCCCACCAUCAGAGUACUGGUCACUUUUACAAAGUUUGAAGAACUUCAGCCAUUAGAUGAAUUCGCAACACCGCCGACAAGUCCAUCCAUGUCAGGCGAAGAGAGCCCUGCAGCGACAAAUUUCUCGGCUUCAUCUUGGUUUCAGUGGAUAAAGGCUCCAUACCGCCCUAGUUCAUCUGCGGCAGGUUCCAGCAGUAGUAGGAUAGAAAAUAUUCCAGACCCGUUCGCAAUUCCACCAGAUUAUACUUGGGUCACUGCUGAAGAAAAGAAGAAAAAGAUGCAAGAGAAGAACAAAUCAAAGAAAGGGAAAAGUCAUAAACAAUGAUCUCACUUCACUUCAGGUGCCAUUGAAUUAGGAGCUUCCAUAUUUGUUUGGAAAAAGUUAUAAAGCUAGGAUUUGAUUCUCCAAUGGUGUUGUGCUGCAGCAUAAAAGGGAUGAAACAUUGUGGUUCUUGCAAUAAUUGUUGAUUAUGUUUCAAAUAUAUAUGUGCAAACCCAUUAACUCAACUAUAGUUGCAAUCACAUUAAGCAAAUAUUUCAUCAACAUGAUUAGAGUUUGAAUUCAAGUUGUUUGAUUAUAUUAAUUAUAAUGAUUUCCCUUGAUUUUAUUGUUGUAAAUAUAUUGAAAUUAUUGUUAACUAGCUUUGGGAUUUA